ACUAGAACGAAACAUGUACAUUUUCGAAGUUUUCGCAGCGUUCGCUUUUGUCGUGUGCCGCUUGUUACUUCAAUUUAAUUAAAUAAAUAGCAAAAAAAAAAAAAAACAAAGCAUAACAAAACAAAAAAAAUAACGUACAAACAAAAAUCGCAAUAACAACACCUAGUUAUGCCGAAGAAAAUGCAGAAUCUGCAUUACUCAUUUCGCAAUUAGAAUAAUUCAUUUGUACAGCAGAAGCUUGUCAACCAACCACGCCGCUGAAGGUGCGCGUGCACGCGAAGAUAAAAGAAAAGAAAGUCAACAUCAAUAUAAAAAUAAAAUAAAAUUGGAAAAACCAUUCGAAAAUAAAGUGUUUUCGAAAACUGCGGCGCAAUACGAAGCAACGCGAAUGCAAUUGCAGGCAGGUGCGGGGCGGCAGUGAGAGUGUGUUCUGCCGAAAGUGUUCUCCGUGUGUUCUGCACUAGAAAGUGUUGAAAAUCAUUGAAAUUCGUAUUCGUGCUGUGGAAAUCCGAAUAGUCUGCAGCGCUUGCAGCGGCAAAGAAGCGUUAAAAGUAUGUGGCAAAUGGAAAACUGCAAUUAGAACUCGAAAGUGAGCCGUAACCGAACUGUGCUAUUUAUAAAGUAUCCUUAUUAAGUGAGCUUGGAGUUAACACUUUUGUGAUUUAAGUGAAAGAUUUGAAAAAGCAGUAGGAAGAAUACACUACCAACAGAAAAGCUGCAUUACAACAACAUGCCGCAUUUUGAGCGAUUUGACUUUUUACCGUUACUGAGAGCCAUUGUCUUACUGCUUUUACUCAGCGGCGCAACACAAAAGAUCAAUGCUGAUAAUAGCCUCGCCGUCAAUCGAUCUGUUCCCGCAUGUAAAUUACCACCAAUGCCAUUGCUCUGCGACAACAAGCAACUACGUUAUGCCUACAAUGCCGCCACCGGGAAUUGUGUGAGCCUUUAUACCAGCGGCUGUUCAGCGAAUACAAUGACGAAACAUUUUCUCACCUUCGAGGAAUGUCGACGCGAUAAUAUGCCAAUAAUGCGCUAUUAAAUGUGCAUUCGAAAAGACCAGUAUAAAUAUUUAUAAAAUAAUAAAGAAAUCAUUCCGAAUUUAAAAAUAAA